AUGAAUGACACAAUUCACACCUUCAUGCAAGAACAACGAGAGUUCCACAAGAAACAAGAAGCAUAUAUGGCUACAAUAGCCGAUGCCCUUUCUCGUCUAACAGUCCCUCCUCAAAUCGCACAAAACAUCCAACAAGCUUCAAACUCAAGUAGUUUGCCCUCCCAACCUCAACCUAACCCUAAGGGUAGCAUCAAUGCCAUUACCCUUAGGAGCGGCACUAAAUUGGAUAAGAAUGUUGCUAUACCUACAAAGUUGAGUGAGGAGAGAAACAAUGAAGAUGUGGGAGAUGAAGUGGAGGUGAUGAGGGAUGAAGAUGAAGGUGUUGAUAAAAAUAAGGAAGAACCACCCAAGGUCAAGGAGCCAAAGAGAAAGACUUUGCUUGAAGAGCCUUUGCCCAUUCCAUUCCCAACUUUAGCCAAGAAGGCCAAGAAACAAGAAGAGCUUAACCCUACUAUGGUGGAAGUUUUCAAGAAGGUUGAAGUCACUGUCCCCCUCUUCCAAGCAAUUCAACAAGUGCUAAGAUAUGCCAAGUUCCUUAAAGAUAUUUGCACUCACAAAGAAAAGCUUGGCAACCUCAACACAAGGCCGGUAGAUGAUUCAAUCUCCUCUUUACUUCUUGAAAAAUGCAAUGAUACCGGCCCAUGUUUGAGGUCCAGAGCAAGGUUUGUGCUAGCCGAUAAGAUUAUUGUGUCCGUUGUUGGGAUUGCCGAAAAUGUCUUAGUCAAUAUUCAAGGAUUGCUCUUUCCAGUUGAUUUUUACAUUUUGGAGACACCUCCUAUUGACUCAAACAAGCCAUCAUCCAUACUCGUUGGAAGGACAUUCUUAAAGACAGCCCGUUUCAAGCUAGAUGCACAUUCGGGAGUCUAUUCUUUUGAGGCGGAUGGCAAGUUACUCAAGUUAACCUUGGAGGAGUCCAACAAGCCCGUUCUUGAAGCGUAUUCUAUUUUUGGGUGCGACGUAGUUGAAGAGCAAGUCAUUGAGGAUGGCAAGGAGCAAAAAGAAGAGGAUGUUGCUAAGGAAUCAAGUUCAAAGGAUCAUACUAACCCAAAAAUGCCAAGGAGUUGGAGAUCUUCCUCCUUGGUGAAGUUCCCAAGUGACCAAUGA